GUUCAAAAUGGCGGAGUUUUCUAUCUCCUUUUAAAAGGCACUCAGAAAGCUGCGCAGUGCGACCAUUCUCCGUAUAGUAAAAGAAAAUCAAAGUAUGUGUUGGGGAACCUCUGAUUUAUAUCGAAAAAAAGAAUCGAUUAUUAUAUUCAUAAAGAAGAUCGAUUUCGUCUGAGGUCGUUCCUGUCAACACCCUGUCAAAAUCGGAUUCUUUUUCAAUCUUCUUUUUUAUUUUUUAAGUUAGAUUUUUUAUUUGUGGUUAGGUUAGGUUUUAGGUUAGGUUGUCAUCACCGUUGCCACUGCUGUUACUUUUUUAGAUGGAUUUAAAUGAUGCAAUUUUAAUAAAUUAUUAAGCAAAAUUACUACUUAAAAUGACUGAAAACAAGGUACAGGAAAUUCCUCGAGUGCCAGAGACUAUCAAAUUUCCUGAGGAGGAAGAAAAAAUUAUAACAUAUUGGAAACAAAUAGAUGCAUUUAAAACGUGUUUAAAACAGUCCAAAGGAAAGCCCAAGUACACUUUUUAUGAUGGUCCCCCUUUUGCGACUGGACUUCCUCAUUACGGACAUAUUCUUGCUGGUACCAUUAAAGAUGUAGUCACUCGUUAUGCUCAUCAAUUAGGUUAUCAUGUAGAAAGGAGAUUCGGAUGGGAUUGUCAUGGAUUGCCAGUAGAAUAUGAAAUUGAUAAAAGUAUGGGUAUUAAGGGCCCAGAUGAUGUUAUGAAAAUGGGUAUUGCAAAGUAUAAUGAGGAAUGUAGAAAGAUUGUAAUGAGAUACAGUGACGAUUGGGAAAAAAUUGUGGGUAGACUUGGAAGAUGGAUUGAUUUCAAAAAUGACUACAAAACAUUAUACCCUUGGUUUAUGGAAUCUGUUUGGUGGAUAUUUAAACAAUUGUACGUGAAAGGCUUGGUUUAUAAGGGCAACAAAGUAAUGCCAUAUUCCACUGCUUGCAAUACACCGCUGUCUAAUUUUGAAACUGGUCAAAAUUACAAGGAUGUCGUAGAUCCCGCUGUAACUGUUAGUUUACCAAUUAUAGGAGAUAAGGAAGGCGCAUCUAUUUUGGUAUGGACCACAACUCCUUGGACUCUACCAAGUAAUUUAGCAACCUGCGUUCAUCCUGAUCUAAUUUACGCCCGGUUUCAACAAAUCAGUACAAAUAAGAUCUACAUUAUGAUGGAAUGUCGUAUAGAAUCAAUUUUUCCCGUUGACGACAUAAAAAUAUUAAAAACAUUUCCUGGAAAAGAGCUCAAGGGUUUAAGUUAUGAACCUGCUUUCGAUUAUUACGCUAACCUAAAAGGAACGGCAUUUAAAAUUUUGGUUGAUGAUUAUGUAACUUCCGAAUCUGGUACCGGCAUUGUACAUCAAGCCCCCUAUUUCGGUGAAGAUGACAAUAGAGUUUGUUUGGCUCAUGGUGUUAUAACAAGAGACCAAGAUCCUAUAUGCCCUAUCGAUGCUAGAGGUUGCUUUAUGCAGCCUGUGACAGAUUUUCUGGGGCAAUAUGUCAAAGAUGCAGACAAGAAUAUUAUAGCCAAGUUGAAGGAGAAAGGUAGACUUACUCAUCAGUCUCAGAUAAAACAUAGCUACCCAUUUUGUUGGAGAUCAGAUACGCCUCUCAUAUACCGCGCGGUGCCAUCCUGGUUCGUACGCGUUGAACAUAUGAGAGAUGACUUACAGAAAUCCACCAUGGAUACCUAUUGGGUGCCCGAUUUCGUUCGAGAUAAGAGAUUCGCCAAUUGGUUAAAAGAAGCGAGAGAUUGGGCUAUUAGCAGGAAUAGGUAUUGGGGAACGCCUAUUCCCAUUUGGAUGUCUGCAGAUGGAAACGAAGUAGUUUGUAUCGGAAGUAUUGCAGAAUUGGAAGAGCUCAGCGGUCAAAAAAUUACUGAUUUGCAUCGAGAGACAGUUGAUAUCAUUGAAAUUCCAAGUCGCAUCCCAGGAAACCCGCCACUAAAAAGAAUAACAGAAGUGUUUGAUUGUUGGUUUGAAUCUGGUUCUAUGCCCUACGCCCAAGUCCACUAUCCAUUUGAAAAUAUGAAAGACUUCGAGGACAGCUUUCCAGCUAAUUUCAUUGCUGAAGGCGUCGAUCAAACCAGAGGCUGGUUUUAUACCCUUACCGUAAUAUCGACAGCUUUAUUCGGCAAAGCACCGUUCAAAAAUUUAAUUUGUAAUGGAUUGGUUCUUGCGAGUGACGGAUUUAAAAUGUCUAAAAGAAAGAAAAACUAUCCGGAUCCUCUGGAAAUUGUCAACAAGUUCGGAGCCGAUGCUUUGAGGUUAUAUUUAAUCAAUUCUCCUGUAGUUAAAGCUGAAAAUUUACGUUUUAAAGAAGAAGGCGUUCGGGAUGUUAUUAAGGAUGUUUUCUUGCCGUGGUACAAUGCUUUUAGAUUUCUUCUGCAGAACAUUGAAAUUUUUGUUCAAAACUAUAAUAUCCCUUUUACCUACGACGAAAAAAAGAUUAGCAGUGACAAUAUAAUGGAUAAAUGGAUUUUAUCGUUUACAGAAUCUCUGCUUUUGUAUGUUCGAAAGGAAAUGGAAUUAUACCAUCUUUAUAACGUAAUACCCAGAUUGACGAAAUAUUUUGAUUAUCUUACGAAUUGGUAUGUCAGAAUGAACAGGAAGAGAUUGAAGGGUGAAACCGGUCAAACCGAUUGUUACGCAGCACUGAUAACCUUGUUUAACGUACUAUUAAACAUUAUUAAAAUGAUGGCGCCGUUUUCCCCUUUCCUAUCAGAAACCAUGUACCAAUAUAUAAAACAGUUGCUCAGUACCAAAGCAGACAGUGUUCAUUAUUUAAUGCUCCCUCAAGCCAAUCACGAACUUAUAAAUUUAAAUAUCGAACGAGCUAUUUCGCACAUGCAAAGCGUAAUCGAGUUAGGAAGAGUGAUACGCGACAGAAAAACAAUACCCAUCAAGUAUCCCUUACCGGAAAUAAUCGUCGUGCACAGAGAUCAACAAUACUUGGACGACAUAAUCUUAUUGCAAGAUUACAUUUUAUCGGAAUUGAACGUUAGAAAAAUCAGCACCACCAAUGACAAAAGCAAAUUUGGAAUUACUUUGAGAGCCGAACCGGAUCACAAGAUUCUGGGCCUGAGGCUUAAACAAGAAUUCAAAGCAGUUACUCAAGGUCUCAAAGCUCUAACUGACAACGAAAUAAACAAAAUGGUCGAGGCUGGAUACGCUACAGUAGCUGGACAACGAGUUGAAAUAUCGGAGGUGCGAUUGAUCUUCAAAUCGGAGAGUUUAAAUAGCGAUCAAUAUGAAGUGAAUAGCGAUAAUGAUGUUUUAGUACUCAUGGAUGUUACGCCGGAUUCGUCUAUGCAAGAUGAAGGUACAGCUAGGGAGAUCAUCAAUAGAGUGCAGAAACUUAGGAAAAAAGCUCAUCUCGUACCUACAGACGAAAUAUCUGUAUUUUACAUGGCUACUGGAGAUUUGAACAGAGUGGCUAAAGAAUAUACGCAAUUUAUAGAAAACACGCUUAAAACGCCUUUCAAAGAGCUGUCUCAAAAACGAACUUCGGAUGAAAUCAUAAUUGAAGAAAAACAAAAAUUAAAAGACUUUGAAAUUCACACUGUGUUAACGAGAAACAAUGAUGUUAAAUUGCCUUUAGUUAAUUGGGCAAAUAUACAAUUAAUCGAUAUCAAACCGAAAUAUUGCAAGGAAGCGACCAAAGGUUUAAUUUUAUUGCAAGCCGGAAAUUCGCUAAUUACUCUAGAAAAUUUGAAAAUUGAGAUAACCCGUUUGUUUAGUGUUAACGAUUUCGAUUUGCUGUUGAAAAAUGGAAACAUCCUAACUAGUAAGAAUUUAAAAGAUUUGAAUGGUCAAGUAAUUUUUGUGGUACCGGUUGGUAAAAAACCGAAUUUACCUGAUGGCACGUUUGCACCUUUUUGCAAAUUUGUCAAUUUUGAAGAAAACGGUUUCAAUGGUACCAUAAUUCUAGAAAAUCCUGUAGGAAAUCUCGUAAGAUAUAAUCAUGGAGAUAUUGUGAAGCGUUGGAAAAAAUGAUGUUAAUUUAUUAAUGAGUUUUGAUAUUUACAUUAGUUAAAAAGUUUUAAUGUAUUUAAAAUCAUUUUCAUUUUGUAACGUAUUAAAAUAAAUGAUUUGUUAAUUUUUUUUUCCUGAUCA